CACGCGCGAAGGAUUGUGGGACCCGAUCGCGGGCGCGACGGUUUCUCGCGUUGCCGUGGAAACCACCCGCCAGCCAGGCUCCAGAGGGAAAGACGAGUCUGUUCAAGAUGGCGAAGGACCUGGACGAGCUUCUGGAUGAAGUCGAGACCAAGUUCUGCAGACUCGACCCCCUGAGGCUGGACCUGGGUGAGCGGCCCAAAGGCGGCGGCGGCACGCACAGCGGCGACCGGAACGGAGCCCAGGAGAAAGAGACUCUCAGAUCAACAGAAACAUUUAAAAAAGAAGAUGAUCUUGACAGUCUUAUUAAUGAAAUAUUCGAGGAGCCUAACUUUGACAAAAAGUCUUUUCAAAAAUUUAAAUCUAAAUCUUCAAGUAACACAUCUGUCAGAGCUCCCAUUCAAGGCCUCAGUAAAAGUUGCAGUCCAGUGUAUCUCAGUGGGAGCGCCGUUCCAUGUGGGAUUGGAACAAGUACUUCACAGAGAGCAUGUGACCGACUGCGUUGCGUAGCCUGUGACUUCCGGAUAGUGAGCUACAAUGACUAUAUGUGGGACAAGUCAUGUGAUUAUCUGUUCUUCAGAAACAACAUGCCAGAAUUCCACAAACUCAAAACAAAGCUGAUCGAGAAGAAAGGAGCACGGGCGUAUGCCUGCCAGUGUAGCUGGAGAACUAUUGAAGAACUCACUGACCUGCAGACAGAUCAUCAGCUUCGCUGGGUUUGUGGUAAACACUGAGAAUACAGACCGUUCACAUUCCAAUAGCCACACCGGUGAGAACAAGUUCCAUGGACCAAACUUGAGUACCAGUACAUAGCAGUAUUGUGCUCUUUGGGAAAAGGCAACAAGUUUUGUGUAACUACACACAUUUGUGAAGACCAAAUGGACUGGGAAAGACAUAUGUACUGUAAUACCUUGGCAUUUUUCCUUGUGACAUGGACAUUUUACUUAGUAGGUUAAAAUAUCUGCAUUCACCAACCUGUCUCCUUUUAGGGAUUGAAAUUGUGACAUUUCAUGCAGAUUUACAGCUUUUCCAUAGCAACUGUCGUAGUGACUGCUAAAACGUUCCUCAUGUAUCAUUGUUGUUAAAGAAUACCCACUGGCAACGCAGAGAGGUCAUUGUAUAUGAGUGUUCAUGGCUCUUUCUAUUCUGACCCAUCAUUAUCAGAGACUAUAAGUUGAACAUGACAAAAAAGCAGAUGGCCAUUGGUUAGCUGAGAGGUUGUCAAGAGUACAGGAACACUGUAACCCGGCCUUAUAUGUUUCUCAUCCUGCCUCACCAACUCAAUUCAGUAUUAUGUAUAAUAGUAAUAGUAAUAAUGUUGUUACCAGUUUUAGCAUAUUCCCUCCUUUGCUCAUUGAAAUAUCAAAAAGUUGUUUAGUUUUCUAUUAGCAAACAUCUAUUUAUAUAUAUGAGAUUUUUGAUGCAACUAAAGUAACUAAAAUCCUACAAAUAUGUCAUUGUUGAACUUUUCAAGUAUACUCCAUGACUCUAAAUGAGCAGCAGUAAGAUGAUUUUCAGACAGCCUGAGGACUCUCUAUCACGUUGGUCCGUUCUUUAUGGAAGCAUAGAAAACCAAUGGGUAGCCAUUGGGCUCCCGUGAUAUCACUGAGAUGGGCGGAACUGUAUCAUAGUAACAUGUUCCAGAAAUGCAUUGCCUCAGUUUACCUCCCAGCCCCAUAGAUAUUUCAGGGCUUUUUUAGUCUGCCAAAAGUCUAUUCUGUGUGUCUACUUCCUGUGUGUAUAUUACUUAAGUGUGUGACACAGGGCACUCUGAAAGUAUAUACAUUUCAGCACAAAUAUGGUCUGCUUGGUUUUCUGUUAACUCCAUUCUCAUCACCAAGCAAAACCUCUGAUCACUGAAAGCUUUUUCCUAGGCUAGGGGUCUAGCUUAGUGUUAGAGUGCUUGCAUUGCAUGCACAAGGCCCUACAUUUAUUCCAGUAGUACAAAAAAAAAAAAAAAAGACAGAGAGGCAAGCUUUUCCUGACCAUGACGCAGUUAUAUACUUAAAACCUUUUAAUUGAAGCAGAAGAGAUCUCAAAGUGGCUGAUGCUCACAUUUUUGAAUUAAGAUAUAUUUACAAUUUUUUUCUUUCAAUAAACCUAUUUACUCCUCAAA